CCCCCGACCCCCCCUCCCGCCCGUGCCAAGAGGUGAGAGAGGGCGGGGGAAGGAAGAGGAGGCGGGAUCGGGGCGCUGCGUUGGCUGCGGCCUGGCACGAAAGGGGCGGCCCCGGCGGAGAGGAGACCCAGUAGCCCGGGCGAUUAUGGACCCGGCAGAGGCGGUGCUGCAGGAGAAAGCGCUCAAGUUUAUGGCUGCAGUUCCGGCUGGUGGAUAUUGGAGGAAUAAUAAAAAGUGCUCUAUGCCCAGGUCUCUGUGGCUGGGCUGCUCCAGCCUAGCGGACAGCAUGCCUUCGCUGCGAUGCCUGUAUAACCCAGGGACUGGCGCACUCACAGCUUUCCAGAAUUCCUCAGAGAGAGAAGACUGUAAUAAUGGCGAACCCCCUAGGAAGAUAAUACCAGAGAAGAAUUCACUUAGACAGACUUACAACAGCUGUGCCAGGCUCUGCAUAAACCAAGAGACAGUAUGUCUGACAAGCACUGCUAUGAAGACUGAAAACUGUGUGGCCAAAACAAAACUUGCCAAUGGCACUUCCAGUAUGAUUGUGCCCAAGCAGCGGAAGCUCUCAGCAAGCUAUGAGAAGGAAAAGGAACUGUGUGUCAAGUAUUUUGAGCAGUGGUCAGAGUCUGAUCAAGUGGAAUUUGUAGAGCACCUUAUAUCCCAAAUGUGUCAUUACCAGCAUGGGCACAUCAACUCCUACCUAAAACCUAUGCUGCAGAGGGAUUUCAUAACUGCUCUGCCAGCACGGGGUCUGGACCAUAUUGCUGAGAACAUUCUGUCAUACUUGGACGCCAGAUCACUGUGUGCUGCUGAGCUUGUGUGCAAGGAGUGGUACCGCGUGACGUCAGACGGCAUGCUGUGGAAGAAGCUCAUCGAGAGAAUGGUCAGGACAGACUCUCUGUGGAGAGGCCUGGCAGAGCGCAGAGGGUGGGGACAGUACCUAUUCAAAAACAAACCUCCUGAUGAGAAUGCUCCUCCCAACUCCUUUUAUAGAGCACUUUAUCCUAAAAUUAUACAAGAUAUUGAGACAAUAGAAUCAAACUGGAGAUGUGGACGACAUAGUUUACAGAGAAUCCACUGUCGCAGUGAAACAAGCAAAGGAGUUUACUGUUUACAAUAUGAUGACCAGAAAAUAGUAAGCGGCCUUCGAGACAACACGAUCAAGAUCUGGGAUAAAAACACAUUGGAAUGCAAGCGAAUCCUCACAGGCCACACAGGCUCCGUCCUGUGUCUCCAGUAUGAUGAGAGAGUGAUCAUAACUGGAUCAUCGGAUUCCACUGUCAGAGUGUGGGACGUAAAUGCAGGUGAGAUGCUAAACACAUUGAUUCACCAUUGUGAGGCAGUUCUGCACUUGCGCUUCAAUAAUGGCAUGAUGGUAACAUGCUCCAAAGAUCGUUCCAUUGCUGUAUGGGAUAUGGCCUCCCCAACUGACAUCACCCUAAGGAGGGUGCUGGUGGGACACCGAGCUGCAGUCAAUGUUGUAGACUUUGAUGACAAGUACAUCGUUUCCGCAUCUGGGGAUAGAACCAUAAAGGUAUGGAACACAAGUACUUGUGAAUUUGUAAGGACCCUCAAUGGACACAAACGAGGAAUCGCCUGUUUGCAGUACAGAGACAGGCUGGUGGUGAGUGGCUCGUCUGACAACACCAUCAGAUUGUGGGACAUAGAAUGCGGUGCGUGCCUGCGCGUGUUAGAAGGCCAUGAAGAGCUGGUGCGCUGCAUCCGAUUCGAUAACAAAAGGAUAGUGAGCGGGGCCUACGAUGGAAAAAUUAAAGUAUGGGAUCUUAUGGCUGCUUUGGACCCCCGUGCUCCUGCAGGGACUCUUUGUCUACGGACGCUUGUGGAGCAUUCUGGAAGAGUUUUCCGACUCCAGUUUGAUGAAUUCCAGAUUGUCAGUAGUUCGCAUGAUGAUACAAUCCUCAUCUGGGACUUCCUAAAUGAUCCGGCUGCUCAUGCUGAACCACCCCGCUCCCCUUCUCGGACAUACACCUACAUCUCCAGAUAAAUAACCCAACACUGACCUCACACUUGCCCGGGACUCGUUAAUGUCGCAGUAUUUAACAUAUCUGCCAAGACCAGGGUGAACAACAACAAUCACACUCCUACCCGGAUUCCCCGGAUGGAUCAGCGAGGAGCAGGGCUUUGAGACUCCUGUUGGGACACAGUCGGUCAGCAGCUGACCAGGAUGGUCUGCUCGGCACACCCGGCUGCUUCAGUGCUGCUAUCAGAAGAUGUCUUUAUCUUGUGUGAAUGAUUGGAACUUUUAAGCCUCCCUUCCUGUUCCCUCCCCUUCCCCUCUGCACCUGUUUCUCUCCCAUUGGGUUCCAGACAAAGAUGACUUAUAAAUAUAUUUAGUGUUUUGCCAGAAUCUCUCUUCCUUUGCCAUUAAGCAGAAGAACUAGUUUCCCCAUAUGGCUCACUUCUAGGGGACAGGGGCUGCAGCUUCCAGGCAAAGAAUGCCUGUCCUCUCCCUGUUCAGCACCUGGCCGGAGCAGUCCAGGCCACUGCGUGGGAGGAGACAGCUGCCUGCACAUCCUUAGAGGAGAGAGAGGGACACACACUGGAAGAUCUGCACCUGCUGCCUCCUCCCCCACCUGGGUUCUGUCCCCCUUCCUCCUCUCCAUCUUCAACCUGAGAAGGCAUGUGCCGUGUCCUCAUCUAGCACGAGGCGGAUCACCCAGAAAAUGGGACACUUGGAAGAGUUUGAGUAUCCUAAUUUCCAGGCUUUUGCUGCAAGUGACCCCGGGGCAGCGGUGGAUUCAUGAACAUGACACUCGCCAUAUUUGCAGCUUUCUCUCUCCUUCCCUGUGCCCAGGGGGAGGGACAGGAAUGUCCUGGGCGCCAUCAGUGGUUGUGUUUGCUCUGGACUCAGCAGUCUCCUCGGUUCCAUGUAGAGUGGAAAGGAGCUGCUGAUUGCAUUUCCUCUCAUUAACAAUUAGAUGUGUAAUAAAAAGCAUUGUGCUUCAUCUUAAAUCACUGGCAAGGCCUGCAGAAAGGCUUGGAGUGGCCAGCGCCAGGCACCACUGCACUCUGUACCGUGGCUCACAUCUGUUUCCUUGACCGAGCCGGAAAGCACCCAGGCACCCAUAACUGCCCAGACUGUGAGCACAGCAGCUUAAGAGAUGGUCAGGAGAAAGCUGGUUCUCCAUUUAGGCCAGUAAAUAUCUGUCAGUCUAACUGCCUCAACCUUGCACGGCAGAUCCUUCCUUCUGCUUCCCCCAAACCCAGUAUUUGCAGAAAGGCAAGGCUGCCAGAGGGCAUCAGGGUGAAGCUUGGCACACAGGGUUACUAGUAAGCAGGAGCCUUCUCUUCCUUUUCCUCUCCCUGCCUUAUUUUGCUGUCCGCUUUCCCCAGCCAGUAAACUCUGGCAGUCAGUAAAAACGUAAGUGACUGGACUUCCUCAAGGGCUAAGCUGGCCACAUGGAAGGCAGCACUGGGCCUCUGCCAGCAGACUCCAGACACAGAGGCUCAUGGGUAAGCCUGGGAGAACUUGAACUGAGAGCCAACUCACUUUCCCCCAGCAUGCAUUGCCUGCUAAGGGAUGGUUAAGGCAUACCAUUGGGCCUGAGGCCACACUACAGCCUUGCUUUUCCCUUGGAAACCAAGCAGUCAGGCUCUCGUCACUGUUCCUAACCAUGCAUUUGAAUUUAAGAAAGCCAACUGAACCAGCUGCUAUAAAAAUAGAAAUGGGGGCCAGUCCCAAGUGGCCUCUAGCCAGGCCACCUUCACUACGGCAAGAGAGAGAGAAGAGAGCAUCUUCAUUCUCUGGUUUGCAACUCGUCCCUUACCCAAAGUGUCCCCGAGCGAAUGCCGUUACAUGCUGAGUCAGGUCACAUGUGUGCCGUUUCCUUUUCUUGUGUAACUGUAAUCUCAAGUUACAUCUAAGAAAUACCUCUCCGUAUUUGUUUCUCUUUUCCUGACCACCCACAUGCUGCAGAGAGUCGUCUGAUUAGCUGCGCUGAGCGCCUUGUCCACUGAUUAUUAAUAGUGAAGGACUUUGCUGAAAAACAGGUCAGACAUUAAGAGACCUAAGCUGCUUCAAGAAAUGGUCUAGUGGCCAUAACUUGACUAGCCCUUCAGUUAUAUGCUGCUUUGAAAGGUAGGAGUAGGAGAACAUCUGGCUUUGAGGGAGAUGUGGGUACUCCUGCACACUCGUCAGGCCAGCACUGCGCUCUCCUUCCGAGGUCUAGCUGUAGGUGUGCUGCUCUGACACCCUUGAGAAGUGUGGCCACCCAUUGUACUUAGGCCCGGGUGGACCCUGCGCGUUGACGCUGUUAGUUGGGUUCAACUCUUUCUCCAGGCUGUCCUCUCUGCUGCUGAUGGAAAUGGGAAUGAAGUUAAGUGGUCUGAGAAACUUGAAUCACUCAGAUUCUCAGCUCUGGGGUCAUUUACCAGUUCAUUGUAGAAGAAACAGUCAGGUAAGUAGAAGUUCAUUUCCAGAGAAGGUAAACCCCACUUACCAUCUCUGCAUGAUUUCAGUGGGAAUUGAUUAUCACCAGUCCCCAACUGGGCGAGAAUAAAUGUAAAGUUUGACCUUUUUAAAAGAAAAGAGAAACAAAGAACAUCUCAACACAUUUAAAGGAAUAGUAGACAAGAAGCUGCAAGUGUCCUGUGGCUCUGAGAUGACUGUCCCCAUGGUCAGUCUCUCUUUUUACUAAAAUCUACCUUUCAGUGUAUGGUACCCUGCUGGAGGCUGGACCACUGUGUCACUGGUGAUGUCUAGACAAGGCCAAGAUUCCUUGAUGCUCGUGUGUGUGUGUGUGUGUGUACAUCCCUUCCCUGGAAAUGCAGUCAGAAAGUGGAUGUGAAUUAUGGAUGGGGAGCCUUUUACACUUGUCCCUUGGCUAAAUUCUUUCAGAUUUGUCGUAACUUUAGAGACAGAAACUGUUUGGAACUCUGUUGACGAGUAAUAAAGUCUGGCCCCCGUAGCUUGUUUUGGAACUGGAAAUGACACUGAGACUCCUAAAUCAUUCUGUAAGAAAAAAAUUAUUUUUAGCACUGCAAAGCCGGGGAGAAGGCUGUCCUCACUCAUUCUCUCUCUCCUUCUCUUGCUGGCCUCUAUCUGAGAGGCUGAACUUGACCUACGUGGUUAGCUUUUGACGAGACGGAGAAAGCUGAAAAUGAUGAGGCCCAUGGUGAUGUUCAUUGUCUUGGAAUCUCCCUUUUGAAGUAGAUGGUGAUACCUUCUGGUCUUGAAUCUGAGACAGGUCCACCUAGAUUAGUGCAGUACUGGGUAGAAUGAGUCAUGCUGGUACCCAGUCCCUGUGACUGCAGUCCAUGCAGUGGUGAUCAGUUUACAGUGUAACUUUGGUCCACACGAAUCACCAUCCCUAUUUGAUUAAAUUCAGCACUUUGAAGUGCACUCAGAGACUCCCAAUGGGGCCAGUCCUAGGACUCACACAGAUGACCCUUUUCACCACAGUGAGCACGGCUAGUACCAGUGAGGCAGCCAUCUCAGGGGAAUAAAGCUGAGCUUUAUAUAUGAUGUCAGUCUCCUUAAAGUUAAGAAGAGAAACCAAAGCAGCAGGUGGCUGCCCACUUGCAGGUGGAAUCUACUGCAUUGCUGUCCAGAAACCCCUAAUGCUGGCAGCCCUGUUUUAACAAAAUAGCCCAGUGCCUGUGGUCUGACAUUUCCUGGAGGCAGCUGACUCCCCAAAUAUAUACUUCUCAACAAACUCAGCUAUCUGACUUAGCUUCUGAGUGUGUGUAGGGACAGAGACUGUGUGUUAUCUCCCCUACCAAACCUUCCCCUUGGAUGCUGAAGGAAAAGCACAACAGGUUAGACCUCUGGGUACCAAGGAAGCUGAUACUUUCCCAAAGUAGUGACCCGCAAGCCUGGCAGCAGUGUGAGCUAGAGAGCUUUUGGUUGUUCGCGCUUCGUCUCCUAGAUUCUCCAGUGCUGAGUGCUUUCAUUUUUGUGAUUAUGUUACGGUGAUGUGUAGUCAAUAUACCAAUAUGUUCACAAGCUAGGACCAUGGUAAUAGAGUGUGUUUGGUUUUUUAACUGUUGGGGGGGAGUAAAUUACAAGUACAAGAUUAAAGUGAA